AUGACAAAAGACGACGUUCCUGAGAAUGAUCCCGGAGAUCCAACUAUGCGCAAAGUUCAACUGCUGUCGGACGGUGAUUACAUGGAGAAACUAGUUGAGGAAAACCACGACGACCACGACAAAUAUAACGUACGUCGCCAAAAAGAAAAAGAAAGCCGGCGUAGAGAUCGCCAGGAAUACAUUGAAGACUUAGAAAACGAGCUGGACCAACUUUAUCAGGGACGCACCCUACUACCUCACAGAAAAAUCGGACCUGAAACUGUCCCUGAGCACAUGAAAUGUACCUUCUGUGGCAUUUACGGGCGCCACUAUUCAGAAUCCUGCUCAUUGAUCACUGAUGGUGACGAGCGUUACCGGUUCAUACAGAGGGAAAGGCGUUGCCGACUAUGCCUUGGAAAGAACAACGGUCCUGACGAUUGCAGAACUGAGGAAAAAUCAUGCUGGUAUUGCGUUGUUGUCAUGGAUACGGCCCUGGACUUCCUGUUCAGCAAGAAGAAGCAACAUAGAGCUCCUUGUAGAGUACCUGAUUCGAAGGAUCGUAUCAAGAAAAAAAUAAGGGCCAUCAAAGUGGAAAUCAACCGCACAAAAUACAAACAAGACGCGCCUGCCGGAGUGUAG